UCUCCGCCGUCUCCGAGCGCCUCUCUCACCGCCCCCCCCCCCCCCCCCCCCUCCCGACCACCUCUUGCUCCCGCCUGGCUCACCCACCGCAGGCAAGCUGCUAGCAGCGGUCCUUCUCGCCGUGUCCUCCCUCCACGCCGGCAGCAGGAGAGGGUCGGUCGGCGGGUCAUACGCGGCGGCGACUGGGUCCCGGUGGAGCGUGGCCUAGCGACAAGCUUCUGCAUCGUUGUAUGAUCCAAAUAUUUUCGAGGAUAGCAGCAAAGAGCACUCGCCGACUCAUCUCUGCAUCUAACCCGCAUAGUUCAAUCCUUCAUCGUGAAGAAUUCUCUUGUUGGAAUCCAACCUCUCGAGGUAUUAGCACCAACGACUCCAUGAGGUCGGAUGAGAAUUUGGAAGCUCAGGACGCAUCCCUUCCUGAAGGGAAGAACCACAGCUGCUCCCCUGGUGUCCAGUCCACUCCAGACAUCGAGAAGAAGUACGUGCACUGCGUCUACGAUGCUAUAGCUCCUCAUUUCAGCUCCACGCGGUUCGCCAAAUGGCCCAAGGUCGCGGGGUUCUUGAACUCGUUGAGGCCAGGGUCUGUCGUGCUGGAUGCGGGUUGUGGCAAUGGCAAGUAUUUGGGCUUCAAUGCUGAAUGCUUCUAUGUAGGCUGUGAUAUAAGCCCUCCGCUGAUAGAGAUUUGCGCGGGGAGGGGGCAUGAGGUGUUUGUUGGAGAUGCCGUCAACCUCCCAUAUAGGGAAAAUGUUGGUGACGCCGCGAUCUCAAUAGCAGUGUUGCAUCAUUUGAGUACCGAGGAUAGGCGGAGGAAAGCCAUAGAAGAGUUGAUCCGUGUUGUGAAGAGAGGUGGUCUUGUGCUGAUUACUGUCUGGGCUGUGGAGCAGGAAGACAAGUCACUUCUUAACAAGUGGACUCCCUUAUGUGACAAGUAUAAUGAAGAGUGGGUUGAUCCUAGCAGUCCUCCGGUGCGUAACCAAUCAGCUACCAUGCUAGAUAGCAUUGAAGAGAAUGAUGAAGACACGGGCAUCACGAAGCAAACAGAUGAUGAGAUGAAAAGACGUUAUGAUGGUAUGGAUGAUAAGACCACUGCACUUUGUAGUAAUUCUAUUGAUGAGCAUGACAAAACCCAGCAGGAGUACUUUGUUCCUUGGCAUCUACCAUUUCACCGAGCUGAAAUUAGUGGUGCAUCUGCUGCUGCUCUUCAAAAUGGAUUUGCAAAGAAAGAUGAUAAGAAGGGUACUGUUGUCUACAACCGCUAUUACCAUGUCUUUGUUGAAGGGGAACUUCAAAGGUUAGUUGAUGGGAUGAAAAAUGCAGCUAUCGUUGACCAAUUCUACGACAAAUCCAACUGGUGCAUAGUUCUCGAGAAGCUUUGAGCUGCAGACAAAAUGAUGGAGAGAAUGUCAUCUGGAGUCCUGACCUUUGUGUUGUAGGACCGUCAGUUAGACUGAGGCUGAGCACACAGUUUUGAGCUCGAAAAUGUAUGGGGCUGAGUGGCUGGCACAGUUUUCUCAGUUGAACAGAUCAUUGAGAAUGCAGUAUGCACUUCGCUUCUUGUAGCUGAAGAUCAGUUCUUUUGCUUGUUAUUAUCUUCAUUGGCAUCAUCUUGCUUCAUCUUCAUGGGUGUCAUGAAUCAUGGCUCGUGUCUUGUCAGGACUGCUCAAUAUUUCCAGGGCCGUCUGACUUGCAGAAGUUUUGUACUAUCUUCCAUACUAUCAAUCUCGUGAAUUGGCAUGAUUGCUUGCACUAUUGUCAUGGAGUAUCUCUUGUAUAAUGGAACACAUUUUAAUGAAGUGAGCGCUGUCAUAA